CGAAGGUGGGCCCGUGAUAAGGUAAGACGACGGCGAAAAGAAAAGCGACGACCGCCCAGUCUGUCGCUGCCAUUGCGCCCGUGGGGUAAGAGGAAGAAGAAGAAGAGAGGGGCGUCUUCAGGGUUUGGCGGUAGUGACAAUGCCAGUGCCUCGCGGGCUAGUUGGAGUCGAAGACGACGACGGGAUCGAGAAGUGAGAGAGGACGAGCUGUGCGCCAGCCCUGGCCCCGGCCGAUCGCGUAGUGUCUAGUGCGACGAGAUGACGGGUGCGCGGAUGAGACCCGCGCUCGUCGUGGGCCUCCUCCUCAGCUUUCUAGCCGUUGCCUUACGAGGAGUGCAGUGCGAGGACGAGCGAGAACAGGUACCAUCCGAGGACCUAUGUCGACCGUAUAUCGAGAAGGCGCUCAAGGAUCUCGGCACAGGAUCUUUGGAGCAGACCAGUGCAGAGGUCGGAAUCGAGAUCGACCAAGAGAGCCAUGAGGAAGCAUCGCCUGCGAGCGAGGAAACUGGCGAGGCAGCAGACGACGUUUCGAAAGAAGAGACUAAGGACGAGGAGGGAUCGGUAGAGGAAAGCGCGGAAGCGGCUGCCGACGAGAGUAAGGAAACAACCGAAGAGCAAGCCGAUGCUAGCGAAGAAAAAGCACAGGAGAUAUUUGAAAAAGAAGAUCAAAGCGAAGAAGCUGUGACUGAUGAAAGUGCUGAAGGUAGAAUUAAUAAUCGUUGAUGAUUUAAAUAAAUGCAAACAUUUAGAGGCCAUAACGAAAGAAAAUACCAAUAUUAUUCAGAAGAAGCAGAGAAAGUUGAGGGAGCGUCCGCUGAGGAAGGCGAUGGAGACCAAACCGACUCCUCCGAUAAACAGGCAGAGAGCGAAGAGGCGAGAACUGAAGAGGAAGACGAAAAGCACGACGAAGAGAAAUCCGACGAAGAAGCCGAAGUAGAAGACGAAAAGUCCGAGGAGGAGGAGAAAGUAGACGACGAAGCCAAGUCCGAAGAAGCAGGGGAUGAAACUGAAGAAUCGAAAGACGAGGAACAAGAGGAAUCCAAAGAAGCCACUGAAGAAGUGGGAGUCGAGUCUAAAGAAGAGGCGGAAGCUAGUGUUGAAGAAGAAUCUGAUAAAGACGAAGAAGCUGACAGUAAAGCCGAAGAGGGCGCCGAAUCGACCGAAGAUCAGGCGGUGAGCGGUGAAGAUGAGAAAGGUGACACCGAGGAGGCGCAGGAUGAAAGCGCUGAAGGUGACGAGAAAGAAAAGGAAAGCGCGGAAGAUGCUGAAACAGCAGAUUCCGCGGACGUAGAGGAAGGAUCAAAGUCGGACGAAGAGGAAGCAGCGGGAGCAAAAUCCGAUGAAGACGAGGGCACGGAGGAAGAGACAAAGUCAAAGGAGGACGAAGAGGCGAAAUCCGCGGAAGAGGAGGAUGCGAAGACGGAAGAAGAUGGAAAAUCGGGAGAAGAGAACGCCAAGUCCGAGGGAGAGGAAGAUGAAGAUGUGAAAGUGCGCGGCAAACGAGAAGUCGCUGAAGGAGAUGAAUCUACGGAAGAUGCUGACAGUGAGGAAGAACCGGAACUUACUCCGGAAGAGGAUUUAAUUCAAGAGAUUGAAAUUCCGGAGAAUCUCCGACCUAGAGAUCACCUUAAUCAAUUGCUGAAAUUGGACGAAGAAAAUGAGGAAAAAGAGCGAGCUAUACAAAGGGAGGCUGAUAUUAUUCUUAGGGAUCUGAAGAGGCUCUACGACAGCGCUAUACAACCGUUAGAGACUAUGUACAAAUACAGAGACUUGAGCAACAGGCAUUUCGGAGAUCCUGAAAUAUUCUCCAAGCCGCUAGUGUUAUUUAUGGGGCCGUGGAGCGGCGGGAAAUCGUCUAUCAUUAAUUAUCUGCUCGACAUCGAGUACAAGCCAAUGUCGUUGAGGACAGGUGGUUUGAGAGAGUGCUUAGAAGAGCAUUGCAAAUCGCCAAAUGGAAAAAAUGACACAGGAGCCGAGCCGUCACCGGCGUACUUCAACAUAAUAAUGCACGGCGAGGAAGAAGAGGUUCUCGACGGCACUCAGUUGGCCGCCGAUUGGACUUUUUCGGGAUUGCAGAAGUUCGGACAGGGUCUCUUGGACCGUCUCAGAGGCCUGCGACUUCAUAAUAAGUUGCUCGAGAAAGUGAACAUCGUCGAGAUUCCGGGUAUCUUGGAGAUUCGGAAGCAAGUUCAACGCUUAUUUCCCUUUAACGAUGCGUGCCAGUGGUUCAUCGAUCGAGCGGACAUAAUAUUUUUAGUUUACGACCCCGCCAAGUUGGACGUCGGUCCCGAAACGGAAGCGAUCCUUGAUCAGUUGAAGGGAAGAGAAUAUCAGACUCGUAUUAUCCUCAACAAAGCCGACCAGGUGAAGCCCGAGGAACUUAUGAGGGUACAAGGCGCCCUAAUCUGGAAUAUAUCACCGCUCAUGUCAAGCGCGGAGCCGCCAAUAAUGUAUUCCACGUCGUUAUGGUCGUUACCCUACGAGGCUGGUGCGCCCAUCAGGUUGUUGUACGCUCAAGAACGCGCAUUCCUUCGCGACCUACGUUCCGCGAUAAACAAGAGGGUCGAGCACAAGAUAGCGAGCGCCAGAAGAUUCGCCGUACGAGUGCGCAACCACGCUAAGAUGGUAGAUUGCUACCUGACGACGUACUACAAUCACAAGACGUUCUUCGGCAACAAGCGAGAGAUCAGCGACAAGAUCAUCGAGAACCCGCAGGACUAUCACAUCUACGAGGGCCUCAGCACUCUCACCAACAUAUCGCGCUACGAUCUACCAGAUCCGGAUGUGUACCGUGAUUUCUUCCGGCUAAAUCCGCUCUACGAUUUCCCGCUGCUGAGCUCCACGUGCACGUACUUCCGCGGCUGCCCGAUCAACAGGCUCGACGUGGCCAUCGCCUACGAUCUGCCCGAGCUGGUGGGCAACUACAAGAAGUCGGUAGAGGCGGUGCUGCACGAGAACGAAGGCAACAGCCCACCGAGUUGAGUGCGUAUUCGCGUUCCGGAACGGAGCUCUUGAUACCAUGUGAAAUACGGACUGGCGACAAAGCGACGUUUACCUCCGCUAGACCGAGAAGAAACACUCAGCCUGUAGCCUUGGUAGCUUAGAGAUGCUCGACGAUGGUGAACGAGCUAAAAAAAAACGUGGUCCGAUAUUUGAGAUGGUACCAAGGAUCUUCUUGAAACACAGGCAGCUAGAGCUCGCGUUACCCUCGCGAGUUGUACUCGAGGUGCUCCGAUGACAAGAGGUCGGUUCGCGACAGUAGCGGAAACAGUACGGCAUGGAGUCUCCAAGUAUGAAAAUUGGGGGUGCCAUCAUUUUGGGCGGGCGAGUAACGCCACGUAAUUUCUAGAUCCGAAUAGUUUAGCCUCGUCCCUCACGAUAUGACACAAUGUGAAAAACGUGAGCACGAUGUGGAUAUCGGAGUGUGUGAUAAUCACGAGUUCGGUGGUCGGGACACUUCCUCGGUUGCAGAAGAAGAGCAAGUGUAUUGCUAGUGUCUGGUAAAACAAUGCGAGUGCUACCAUUCCGAUCCAAAAGCGGACAGUGAGAGUUCCCCUUGAAUUUAUGUGUUCAGAUAUCGGUUCCUCUCGGCGAAAAUCCGAGGCUUCGGUGCGACAGUGGCUCACCGCACUUUUCUAGGUGCUCGAAAAGAUUCUUCAAAAUUUAACGCUAGAGAAUCUAAAAAUAUAUUCUUAAUUUAUUACUUUCUAUUAAAUUUAAUUUUGAAUUUGCAAAAUUUUUCUUCGUGCUUAUUAUCUUAAUUUGAAGAAAUUUAAUUUCAGAGAGUAAAAAUUGAACAUCCUAUAAAAUUAACUUUAUUUCAAAUAUUUAUAUUUCAUGUCACUUGUAAAUUUCGUCUUAACUGUAGUUGCUUUAAUUUUAAAUUUAAUUUUUUCGAGCUCUUAAAAAUGUACAUUUUAAACCAGUGUCGCACCGAAUCCUGAAAUUCUCCCGACGAAUCGGCGUCGGCUGAUUAUCUUGGAAGAAGACAGACUCUCCAGAAUCGAUGUAACGUUGAGCAACGAUUUUGUCCGCCGAAUUUCUCUGUACCGGGGAAAUUUAACUAAUUAUACCGAAAUAUUUCCAUUACGAAAAAGAGAUAAGAUGAUCUCUUCUUGUGGCUUUUGUGGAAUACCUUGUAUAAGCUGAUUUUGUGUUCUUAUUAAAAUGUGUAAUUAAAUAAUUAAAGAUAUGCUGUUCUCUCACGCAUUACUCGGUUAACGUGUGAGACGAAUCGUGGCGUAUUUUUGAUAAAAAAAAUUUAGGCUUCCUUCUAGUUCGCGUUAGACAGAAUAUAAGUUUCCUAUACCUUUAAACACCGAAUUUUCUAAAAUAGUUCUAUCUAAUAUAUUGGAAGAUUAAAUUUUAAUCUCUAAGAUAUCACAGAGUGAUCGCAAAUUCAACCGACAAAUUUUCAGAGAUUGUCGAAAGCACCAUAAGAAUUAUUUUCAAGGCUCAUACAGAGCCUUCAUCGGCUUUGAUCUUGCCUUCAUAGGCUGGAUCAGCCACCGAUCUUGCCUUGGAUGGCUAGAUCAUCUUCCAAUCUAGGAAUCGAAUUUGUGUUUGGAUUUCUUGCCUUCGUGGGCGAGACAUUUUACCAUGAAAAGCUUGAUAACGGAUUACUUAAAGUUGGUAAAAUUUAAUGCUUUGAGAAGAUCUCAAGAAGGACUACAAGAAUAUGCAAUAAAAAGUGGAGGGUUCCAUUAAAAAAAGUCAGGGUGGCCUUGUCCUGACCUUGGCGAUGCCAUACAAGGUCAAACACAUGGCCACCAAUAAAUAAAUCUUUUUACACCCUACAACUUUUGCCUAAGACAAUUUUUUAUGAAACGUAAUUUUUUUUUGUGAUACUUCAAUGUCCCGACUCUUUCGAACACUCCGUAUGCCGUAACGACCUAAUGACACGUUUCCGACCCCAGGUUCAUUUGCAAACAAUGACUCUUAUGAUGCACCCGACAAUCUCUGAAUAUUUGUCGGUUGAAUUUCCGACCACCCUGUACAUGUCUUAGAUGUUAAGAUUUAUAAUAUUUCAAGUUCUUAGUCUCGUUUCAUUUCUCAGACUCACUAUCAUCAUCCUUUUAUAGCCUUCGAUUAUUAAAAUUUUUAAUUCUAGAUCGCAAAAUUCAAUCUAAAAUUGAACUCUCGAAUUUUGUAUCUUUAAAUUGUUUUCGUUGCUAUCAUUUUCAAAUAUAAUAUAUUGCAUUAGUUUUAAAUAAACUGUUCUGAAUAAUUGUUAACAUCCGUGAUCCUCGAAUAUCAAUUCUAAGAUAAAUAAGGUAUAAUAAAAUGCUUUCUCUUCAUUAUAAACAAGUUAGUUUUUUCAAUAAAAGCGCGAACAUGUUAGAGGCAUUGCAAGCGAUUUAUACUUUAAAUUGCGGACAACGGAGCAGGCUUUGUCAUGAAGUAAUGGUACAAGUAUAACGCGAUUUAUUCGGCGUUUGAGUAUGUGUAUUGUUGAUAUUAUUAUUGUUGUUAUUACCAUUGUUGUUGCUACUGUCUCGUCAUUGUUAUUCUACAUUAUACAAAGAUAUUACGUCAAGUAAAUUUAAUUAAAAUGUUACAGAUAUAUGUUAUCAAGGCAUCUAUUUCUUUAGAGUUAGAGUUAAUUGUUAUUGACACACGAUAUAUAUAUACAUACACGUUUAAACUGAUAAUGAAAUAUAAUUAUAGGAUUCGUUAUAUGAAUCUCUUAUGCGUACAUAUACUUCUUAUGAUUAACUUAUGAUUAAUUGCGCCUGGGCAAGUGUACGUUUUAAAUAAGAACGUGUGUCGUGGUUGCUGUUUGUGUA